GGAUAACCUUUUAGUAAUCGAUUGUUAUUUUUAUUUAAGCCUGUGGUGCCGGCUGCCUCAAAUUUUGUCCGAAUUGGUAAGCUAAAUUGAAAAACCUAACCAGCUGACUUUUAUGUCAUCCUAGUAGACUAGAUUUGUUGCACCAAAAUUCCGAUUUCAUUUUGUGCUAUUAAGUUAGAGAAGUCAGACCCUAUGAUGAAUAGCCUAAAUAUAGAUUUGAUAUAUGUAUCAGAUAACGAUGACUCCGUCCCACUAAAUGCUAACGCAAGCGACGGAAACAAUUCCAACAACAGCUCCAUCUCAAGAAGUGGCUCCGGCUCCGAUUCUAGCCCUGCUGACAGGGAACCGGACCGUAUCGAUAUGUUAAUUGCUGAAGAAUUCCACGAAAGGAUCACUGGGAUCGAUCCCAGAAGUGCAGUGAAUCGUGUACCAGAAGUGGUGAUCGACUUGACUUAUCCGGAUUCACCAAGCAACUCAAUCGAAACGAUUGAUUCGGAUCUCUCUGAUUUCGUCCCCACUAAUCGCCGUCGUAGCCAUGCUAGCUCCGAAACUCCCACUGCAGCUCGUGCUACGUUGGAUAUCGACGAGAGCGCUCCGUCGGCUCCGAAGCGCAAGCGCAAGCGCAAAGACAAAGACCAAGAUAUGAAUCCGGAUGAUGUCUACAAGUGCCCCGUUUGUCUGGAAAUUGUACGCCACCGCGAACCAUUUUCGACAAAGUGUGGGCACGUUUUUUGUCGCCAAUGCAUCGAGACAGCCAUAAUCAGUUUCCAAAAGUGUCCACUGUGUCAACAAAAAUUGACCCUAGCAAAGACAAAUCGUAUUUUUUUGUGAGCGUAAAUUUCGAGUCAUCAUCGGGCCCCCUUGCAUUUUUAUGUGAUGCAAACUUUGAAGUUCCUUGUGUUCGAUAAUAAAUUAGAAAUACUCAAGAACUGUA